UUAAACCUUCCAUUAUGCAGUCUUCAUUAGUUAUCGCUUUGCAUUAAGACAAAACCCAAAAUCUAGCAUUUUGUAUAGGAUUUUACUGAUUCAUAAACGCAAACCUCUGAAUAUAGAGACGAUAAAUCAGAUAUUAUACCCUCUAGCAUGUGAUGCUAUCCGAUCAUCCAAAACAUGUUCAGAAGUACAAAUUAAAGCCGAAGUAAAUAUUUUUUUAUUGCCAAGGAUGUUGCUUUGUUUGUUUUUUUUAAACGCCGUAAUGAUACAGCGCGUGAAACAAGAUUUGAAACUGUAUUAAUACUCCCUCUCUCAUACUGAAAAAAUAUUGGGAAUCACUGGACAAAAAAGCCACAAACAGUCCAACCAAAUAAUAGGUCAUCGAUGACACACACUGAAACAAGAAUAUAAAAACGCUAACCCCCGAGAAUCGUUUAAACUCAUUUUUCAACCAGUAAAAAAGUGUCUCUUUAUCACUAUUGCACCAUUUUGUUCGUAGCUGAGUCUUCGCAUUCAAGUUUGUUAAAAUAUACUUUGACUUAGUUUACAUUAUUUGAAUAGGAUGUUCCUUCUUCGCCUUCUUCUUCAUUUCUUUUUCGUGAAUUUAUUGGACACAUUCCCUUUAAAGGACUGCAGCUAUAAAACAACAGAACUUUUGAUUUUCAUUGACUGUCGACACGAUCUAUCUCAGCUAAGUGGUAUUUCUAGUUUGGUCUCAUAUCUGCGUGUUCAGAAAUACUGGAAGAUCUCUAACAUUACGUACAUGACAAUCUCAGAAAAUGGGUUUUACAAUAUUAGAGACUUUUUUUAUAAAGAAAAUUUCUUUGACUCAAUUAAAAUGAAAUGCAGUGAACAAUUUGAUCGAUUCUUAGCAGUGCAAAAAGCUAAAGAAUGGUGUCAGGAAAAAGUUAGUGCUACAAGAAUUGCUUUUAUAUUUCAUAUCACAGAUUUUAAUUGUAAAGAUUCGUUCUAUCAAAAUGUUACAAAAGAAUUAUUAGGAGCGUCUAAUAUAAAUAUAUAUUUUAUUGUAUAUCGAUUAAACUCUUCAAGAACUUUUCAUUGCUUAAAGCAAAAUUUUAUUAUUAGUGACGUUAUAAAUAAUUUUAUAGGGUUAAAUAAACUUUAUUCCAAGAUUUGUGACGAUACACAAUGCACCACACAAGAUUUAUCUUACACGACUGAAAACACUCUUCAGUCAUUUUAUCACGUCAAUUUCAGCGUCUCAGAAAUCAGUUGGAAAGAAGCCUUUGAGUAUUGUUCCGAAAUUCCAAAUAACUAUAUGGUUUCUUUAGAAACAUGGGAAGAAUUGGAUUUUAUAUUUCAAUAUCUUCAAGAUGUCUCUUCAAGGAAUGGUUUAAGUAAAAUUCAUUUGCACACAGGAUUAUUGUUCUGUGAACAUCCGUCCAGAUGGUCAUCUGGAUUUCUUAUCUUGCAACAUUUCGUCAGAAAAAAGGAUCAGCAAUGUUUAUUUAUGUCAAAGCACAGGUUUUUUCCUCAAACUUGUCUGGUCUUAACUUCUACAAAGUAUGAUACAGACUAUGAACUGUUUGCUAUUAGCAACACCAAUCAAACUGUAUAUUAUAAAGAAAUCGAUUGCAGAGCUCAAAUAAAAAAUUCAAUCAUAAUAUGUGAGUGUCAUACCCAUUUUCCACAAAAACAAAUAAUACAAAAUAUAUUUUAUGAUAGUAGCGUGGGCUUUUUAAUAAGCAGUAAUACUUUAUAUAGUGUAACACAGCUGUUUUUUGAAGGACCUCAAUAUAAUUCUAUGAAAUUUGGUAUUACAAACUUGAAAAAAUUAAAAUGUAAAAUUAACAACAUUUUAGUUCCUCUAAACAGUAACAAAGUUUGCACUGCACUUUCAAAUAAUACGGAAACCAAUGUGACGCAAAUUCUUUUUGAAAAAGAAGAUUACAUUGUGUUCCAAAAUAUUAAUAAUUUAACGAAAUGUCUGCACAACAGCAGCUAUGAAAACUAUUUCAAUGAAAACGAAAGUGGUGAUGAUGUUUCAGGCAACUACUACAGUGAUACAAAAUUAGAUAGUAUUGGUAUUGAGUGUACACUGUCUACAUUAAAUGUAUCUCUCGAAAAAGUACAAUGUGAAAACAGUUCUAAGCGUGCUUAUAAAUGUAUUUAUGGUCUAGGGCCAAUUUGUUUUCAGGUUACAAAUUUAAUAAACUGUGAAAAAUUUAUCUGCCCUAAAAACUUUUUUAAAUGUCCGAAAUCUUACUGCAUACGACUUGACCAGUUAGGUGAUGGCAUAAAUGAUUGUAGAUUUGGAGAGGAUGAGCUAAUUUUGAGACAAAAAAUUUGCUAUGGCAAUAUAAAUUUCUCGUUUAUGGAGAUGUGCAUUUCAUCAAAAUGGUAUUCCACUUUGAUCACUAAGUACUACAAAUGUUCUAAAAUAUGUCCUCCAAAAUACAAAUGUGUUUCUAGCAAGAGUUUUAAAAACGACAAUGUAUCAGAAUUUCAUUUUUUCUCAAUUCGCUUGGAACUUUACAAUAUUUCUAAUGUUAUUUUUCCAAACUUGAUCAUAAUAUUCUUUUUUAAAAUACAUAUUCUCGAAUUGGAAGCAAUGGAAUGUAAAUUGAAACAUUUUGAUCUAGCGAUGAGACAUUGGAAUCUCUUUCAUUUAUAUAGAUUAGAUCUAAGUUUUAAUGAGAUGGAAAGCAGUGAAUAUUUUCAGUCAGUUUAUCAAAUGAAAAAAUUAACAUUUUUGAAUAUGUCUAACAAUCCAAUUACCAACAUAAAUGCAAAUUUUCAAUUUCCAGACCAAUUGGAGAUAAUCGAUUUGUCUAAUACUCGUCUACAUGCUAUACCUUUAAAUGCUUUUCAUAAUUUAAAACAAUUAAAAUCACUAAGUUUAAAAAAUACAUUUAUAACUACAUUUAAAGAUAUGGGAAUUCCCGAAUAUUUUGUUUUACAUUAUUUGUAUUUACAAAAAGUAAUGAUCUCAAACAUAGAGAAAAAUUUCUUUAAAGGGUUAACUAUUAGAUCUGGACUGUGGACAAGUGACUUUCGGUUGUGUUGUCAUCAAGUUUUAAAUUCGAAUAUAUCCUUAGACAAAUGUCAUGGACCCAUCGAUGUCAUCUCUUCAUGUGAAAAUCUUGUUGGUGAUGUAUUCAAGAGAUUUGUCAUAUGGAUUGUUGGAUUUAUAACCAUUGUAGGAAAUGGAAUCGUAUUAGCAUACAGACUAAUGUUGAACAGACAAAUAUUCAGAAAUGCUUACGGUAUUUUUGUAACAGGACUGGCAUUUUCAGAUUUUCUAAUGGGGAUAUAUUUAAUAAUAAUUUCCAGUGCUGAUAUUUAUUAUCAAGAUGUGUAUGUCUUGGAAGAGACACAUUGGAGAAAUGGAAUGAUGUGUGAGCUUUCUGGAUUUUUAUCAACUUUCUCCAGUGAAACAUCAACAUUCUUUAUUUGUUUGAUAACUUUAGACCGUUACUUAAGUAUCACUUAUCCAUUUGGUGAAUAUAGAUUGUCAAAAAAUUUGACUCGUAUUCUAAUAAUAUUAGCAUGGUUGGUUGGCAUUGUCCUGGCAGCUAUUCCUCUAAUAAUAUCGGAUUGGGAAAUUUAUUCUUCAAACAGUUUGUGUUUGGCUCUUCCAUUUAGUUCUAAUCAUUUCAGAGGCUGGGAGUUUUCGUUUGUAGUUUAUGUCGGAGUCAAUUUUAUUCUAUUUAUGCUCAUAGCUUUCGGUCAAGUCGCCAUCUUUUUCAACAUUUACAGAAGAAAACAAUCUAUGUCUUUCUUAAAGAAUUGUCGUAAAAGAAGAUUAGAAGAUUUAGCUGUGGCCAAAAAACUGGCAUUUGUAGCCAUGUCUGAUUUUCUGUGCUGGUUUCCUAUCGGCAUCAUUGGCUAUUUUUCAAUGAAAGGACACACAUUUGACCGCGAUGUAUACGCUUGGUUUGCUGUGUUUGUUUUACCCAUAAAUUCAGCAUUAAAUCCAAUUAUUUAUACAAUUCCUGCACUAUAUGUAAAAUGCUCAGCUAAUUUAGAAAGAACUGCUGAAACCAGUUUAAUUACUAUGUAAUUGGUAGUGAAAUAGUUGUAAAAAAAUAAAAUUAGUGAAUUUAAAUAAAUAGCUUUUCUUCAGAUUCAGAAAACGUGGAAAAUCAUAAACUUUAAAUUUAUAAGACGAAAGCUACUAAAAUUCAAACCAAAUUAAAUGUCGAGUAGAAAGGAAUAAUCUAGAAUGUAAAAAAGAAAACUUCAUAAAAAGUCAAAUAUUUAGCAGCUGUAAGUGUUUUUGAAUGAGCGAAAUUAAAAUUUUCUAUGUGUAUUAGCUUUUACCAUUUUAACAUACCUGUUUGAUAUAUAAGCAUGACAAUAUCUGAAUAUAAAUAAUUUGUUACACACACAUGUAUUUAUAUAUGUAUAGUCGAUAUGUAUAUGUUCUUCUCCAUUAUAACGUGGUAUUAAAAAUGUAAACAAAAAAUAUUGACAUAUAAUGAACGUUUUUUAAAAAUAUAAUUGUAAAUUGACUUUUUUUUUUCUCAAAUCCUUAAAGUAUUGGCGGGCAACAUUUCCAAGUUUGACCUAAAUAUUUUUUUUUAUCUUUUGUCCAAUUAUUGAGAUAGUAAUUUCAAUAUAGUAUAUAAGAAAUACAUAGAUUAUCAGUCAAUAACAUCAGUUCUUUUAGGCUCACGCUAAAUAACAUCUUCAUAAUUUUUAAUACGUACCAGCCUUUCUAGUAGCAUUGGCGGAGAUAUAGAUAGAGUUGUUUACAUUCUGUAGAUCACAUAUACUGAUAUUCUUUCUGAAGAUAUUGUGACCCGACAUUUGACCUGAUGAGUGCACCAGUUUGGCAACCAAUUCCGAUUUGUGUUUUCACACAACCAGUCUUCGUAAUCUUGUUUUAAAUUUAUUGGUGUACAUUAAAUAUUUAAUUUGAUUGAUACAUACAUUUGUUUUACGUUUUUGAAAUUGAUAAAUACAUUAUGUGUAUUAAAUUUUUAAAAUUGAAUAAACUAUUA